CGCCACAAUGUUUCAGAUAACGUUUUCUCUAAGCACUUGUCUUUCUUUGAUAGCGAUGGCAUGGUGCAGUUGUCCUUGCAAGAAGAACAUAGAAUAUUACAACAUCUGUAUGAAGUCAGCCCAAAACAGCAACAACGCGUGUGGACUCCACCUUACCGAAUACGAUACGUGUUUGAAGGAAAGAUUUACGCAUUUAGAGUCUAAAGUUGAAUCCCUUGAGCAUUCUCUAAACAGAACAACUCAUCAUGUCUCUUUCAUGGCGGCUCCUGCAACCAAUGUAAAAACCGUCGUAGGGACUCUUGUUUUUGGCAAUGUUCUCACUAAUAAGGGAGGAGCUUACAACGGCAAGACCGGUAUGUUUACUGCCCCUGUAACUGGGACAUACUUCUUCAUGGUCACUAUUGGUCUUCCAGUUCCUUCCACCUCUAAAGGCUCGGACUACUUAAGGAUACAUAUAAUGAAGAACGGCAAAAUAUCCUCCUACUUGUUUAUCGGACCUGAAGGCUUAUGGAUCAAAAGAUCAGAAAAUACCUUACUGGAGCUUUCAAAAGGGGACAAAGUUAAUUUGUUCAUCAAAACCACUGGAAGUGGGUUUCACUACAUUGCUGGAAAGGAUAGCUAUCCUGGUUCAACGUAUCACUCCCACUUCUCUGGAUUUCUAAUCAAUUGAAGUAGUUACUAUUGAAACGAACGAAUAAAUAUGUAAUAUUUACCAAGCAAAUCAUU